AUGAGACUCAUCGCAGCUCAUUGUUCGCGAUAUGUGUCAAACGGACUUCUAGAGGAUCGCAUAUGGAUCGGGUCCUUUAUGCGCAUCAUCGCCCAGGACCUGUGGUACACUAAAGGUGUCAGUAAAGAAGAGGGCGCGCACGAAAUCCUCCGCCGUCUGACGUCGAAAAGAGACGCUCAGGAGGUUUGGGAACGAUUCAACGACGCGUUUUCGUUUAUGCCAUUAGCCUGUUUGGUUGGACACAAAAUUCUUUGUAUGCACGGAGGAAUUAGUCCGGAUUUAGUGUCUCUGGAUGCUAUUCGAAUGAUUCAACGCCCGUUAAUCGAUGUUAACCAUAAUCGUCUAGCUCAAGACUUGUUGUGGGCGGAUCCAGAGGAUUUUGAGAGACCCAACGAGGCUGCAUUUUGUUGGAACAAAAAUCGUGGGCUAUCGAACGCCGGCGCUGUGCUGAAAGUUGCGGCCAACGGAAAGCACUUCAGAAUGCUUCCCAGUACAACAGUCGUCUCGAAUUUGCCAUGGGUGGAGAAAUAUCGGCCGAGCAAGCUGAAUGAACUUGUCGCACACGAACAAGUGGUGAAAACCUUGACGAAAUUUAUCGAGAAUCGCACUCUACCGCAUCUGCUGUUCUACGGACCGCCUGGAACCGGAAAGACGACGACGGUGUUGGCGGCGGCGCGUAAAAUGUACCAUCCAUCGAAAAUGUCGUCGAUGGUGCUGGAAUUGAACGCUUCCGAUGAGCGUGGUAUCGAUGUAGUCAGAAACACAAUUGUCAACUUCGCUCAAACCAAAGGACUUCAAGCGUUUGCGAGUGCCUCGGACAAGGAUAGCGUCCCGUUUAAGCUUGUGAUCCUUGAUGAGGCUGAUGCGAUGACCAAGGAUGCGCAGAAUGCGUUGAGA